CACCCCCGCCCCACCCCCACUGGCCUCUGUGUGUCGACUGUCCUCUUCUGCCGUUACCGACAGCCAUAUUUCUCUUCUUCAAAGUCUCACUCCUUCAUUGCCGCAGCUGAAUAUCCCCAAACCUCGUCCCUUGCAAUCAAUUGAUUCUCUGAAUUAAAGGGUAAGCAAAAAGCUUGUCUUUUUUGAUCGAAUCGUCUGUUGGGGAGAAAGAGGUAAAACAGAGGGAGGGUGGGUGGGAGGUAGGGAGGAUGUCUGAUGGGAAGCCGGCGUUUCUGAACGACGAGCUGUCGAAGAGAACCUCGAUAUUCGGGCUGCGUUUGUGGGUGGUGCUCGGAAUCUGCGUCGGCGCGGCGAUCGUCAUCUUCCUCUUCCUCAUAUCGCUUUGGUACACUUCCAGGAGGAACAGGAAAACCAGCAGAACACACGUGUCCUCCUCAGCAGCCCUCAAGAACAAUCCCACCAUCCCCAAUGUGUCUCGGGAAAUCCAGGAAAUUCGGGUCGACCCGUCCCGGAAGCCCGAAUCAGACCCGAGGUUGCUCCUCCCGGCGCCGGCCGGGUCCGAGGCAAUUUCCGAGCCUGACGCAAUUGAGGUCGACGGCCAGAAGAUCCACAUUGAGAUUGGAAAGGAGCACCGGAUUACCUACCCGGAGAAGGUCGCCCCGGGCUCUGGGUCGGGCGGUGAUACCCGACCCGGAAGCGACCCGAUUUCCGGGCCGGAGGUUUCGCAUUUGGGGUGGGGCCAUUGGUACACGCUGCGGGAGCUUGAGGAGGCUACCAACGCAUUUUCCGACGAGAACGUGAUCGGAGAAGGAGGGUAUGGAAUUGUUUACAGAGGGUUGCUCGAUGACAAGACUAAUGUCGCCAUUAAAAACUUGCUCAACAACAGGGGCCAAGCAGAGAGAGAAUUCAAGGUCGAAGUGGAAGCAAUUGGGCGUGUUCGUCACAAGAAUCUGGUGAGAUUGAUUGGCUAUUGCGCUGAAGGAGCUCACAGAAUGCUCGUUUAUGAGUACGUUAACAAUGGCAACUUAGAGCAGUGGCUCCACGGCGAUGUUGGGCCUUGCAGCCCUCUUACAUGGGACAUAAGAAUGAACAUCAUAUUAGGCACUGCAAAGGGCUUGACCUAUCUACAUGAAUGUCUCGAGCCGAAGGUCGUCCACCGCGACAUUAAGUCGAGCAACAUCUUGUUGGACAAGCAAUGGAAUGCCAAGGUGUCUGAUUUCGGGCUUGCGAAGCUCAUCGGCUCCGAAAAGAGUUACAUCACCACGCGAGUUAUGGGGACUUUCGGCUACGUAGCUCCGGAGUACGCGAGCACCGGCAUGUUGAACGAGAGGAGCGACGUAUACAGUUUCGGGAUUCUUUUAAUGGAAAUAAUCUCCGGGAGGAAUCCCGUUGACUAUAGCCGUCCGCCGGGAGAGGUGAACCUGGUGGAUUGGCUAAAAACAAUGGUUUCGAGUCGGAAUUCGGAGGGAGUUCUCGACCCGAAGUUACUCGAAAAGCCGUCAUCGAGAGCGUUGAAGCGCACCCUUUUGGUGGCUCUACGUUGCGUCGACCCAAACUCUCAAAAACGGCCGAAGAUGGGUCAUGUUGUGCACAUGCUAGAGGCUGACGAUUUCCCAUUCCGCGACCAGGAUCGAAGGGGCGGAAAGGAACACGGUCGGGCGAACACACGCGACAGCUUAAAGGACGAUGUUAGUUUAGCCGAUAAGUUGCCGGUCGAACCUGGCGACAGCAGCGGAUACGAAAGCAGCGUUCAAACUGCCGAUCGGACAUUGUUGAGGAAGCAAGAACUCGAAGAAGAAUAGUUCAAGAAAUUAGCUCUCAAUGUACAUAGUUAUAUAUAUAUAUAUGUAUGUAUAUGUCUCAAUCGCCAUUUGUGAUGUUUGGUUUGUUUUGGUGAAGGUGAAGGUGAAAAAGAAUGAGAGAAUUAGCAGCAGUUUUUGGUAAUGUAAUUUUUUCCUUUUGGCAGUGUAAAAAGAGUAUUCUUUAUGCAAUAUCCAUCUUCAAGUAGUUUAAUUUAGUGUGAUAAGAUUAAA